AUGGUGAGGAUGUUUUGUAAUGAAGGUAGGGUUGAUAUGGCGAUAGGUGUGUGGGAGGAGAUGAAGGGUGAAGGGGUUUUACCAGGUAUGCAUAUGUUUUCUACUUUGAUUGACAGUUUGUGUCGCGAGAAAAAGUUGCAGGAUUGUUGUAUGUAUCUGGAAGAGAUGAUGGAUAUGGGGAUAAGGCCUCCUGGACUAAUGUUUAAUAGAUUGAAAAAAGCUCUUGUUGAUGAAGGGAAGGAGGAUGUUGUGAUAAUGUUGACUCGUAGGCUUGAGAAAUUGAAAACACUUUUGGUGGUUAGUUGA